CUCCCAAGCAUUUUUCUUAAUAUAUCAUAGACUUCUUCACAUACGAUUAUCAAGGACUCCAUCCAUAGUCUUGUAUACCUGUCUGUAUAAUCAGAAAAAAAGAAGAAGAAGAAGAAUGGUGUCGCAGACGAUUGAUCUGUUGAAGGAAGAGCUUCCGGUGGAGCAGGAGUCUCUGGUUGUGUCCGGAGACGUCAAGACCGGUCUGGUUAUCGUCGACGUUGAAAAUGGCUUCUGUACCGUCGGAGCUGGCAAUUUGGCUCCAACGAUGCCUGACAAACAAAUUUCUGGAAUGAUCGAUGAGACAUUGAGGCUUGCCACCGUGUUUUGUGAUAAUAAAUGGCCUGUUUUUGCUUUUCUAGAUUCUCAUCACCCUGAUAUCCCCGAGCAUCCCUAUCCUCCUCACUGUAUUGCAGGAACAGAUGAAGCAAAAUUGGUUCCUGCUCUGCAGUGGUUGGAAAAUGAACCAAAUGUAACUCUUAGAUGCAAGGAUUGCAUUGACGGGUUUCUCGGUUCUAUUGAGAAAGAUGGUUCUAAUGUCUUCGUAGAUUGGGUGAAAACCAACCAGAUCAAAGUUAUAUUGGUUGUAGGGAUAUGCACGGACGUCUGCGUCCUAGAUUUUGUCUGUUCUGCGCUCUCUGCGAGGAAUCGUGGUUUUCUCACCCCUCUGGAGGAUGUGAUUGUGUAUUCCCAUGCCUGUGCUACUUUUGAUCUUCCAGCUCAUGUUGCCAGAAACAUCAAACGCAUAGCUCAUCCACAGGAACUGAUGCAUCAUGUAGGCCUUUACAUGGCUAAGGGAAGGGGAGCCAAGGUGGUGUCACAAGUGUCAUUUUGAUAUGCAUGAAGAAACCAGGACCUUAAACUGGUGUGUCUGUUGAAUCUGCAAUUCAAACUUUCUCAAGUUUGGAGGGGAAGCUCUUAAUAUUGUAAAUGCUUUCAUAUGGUUGUCAAUAUAUCAGUAAACUAUUUGUUGUUUUACGUAUGUGUUUGGGCUUGUUUGCUAAUACAAUAAUCUUGGGCUUGUUAGCUAGUACAGUAAUCACUUUGAAGUAGAUUUGAGAGAGUAGUGUAACCUCUGUGAAAUAUGUAUAAAGUUGGUGUUUGUUGGUUCAGAAUUCCACAUCAAAUGCUAUUUUAUUUACA